GCGACAGUUAUUGGCACAUGGGUUUGAAUAUUUGGUCCAUCUACUGUAGUAAGGCACUUGUUACUAGUAGCUACCUGGAAUCGAUGCUCCAAUUGAUCUAGGUUUUUUGUGGACCUGUCACAUGGACGAUGCCCCGCUUCAGAGCCAAAACGGGGCCAACGCAACGCGUCGAAGCGACAAACGAUGCAUUUGACAAGGCGAGGUGGAUUUUGUCUUUCACGGAGAUAACUUCUUGGAACUUGCCAUCAGCAACUUCCCGCCCUUCUUCGUGGAGGAGUACGUGAACCUGUUGCUCUCCGGCGGAGCCUGCGUGAACACACCGUCCAGCGAUCGCUUCACACCGCUCCUGUCGGCCUGCAGCCGUGGCUUUGGCCAGAUUGCAGAGACCUUGCUCCAGCAUGGAGCAAACCCUGAGACACGGCGUGACAACGAUGAUGCCUUGCGCUGUGCGCUGGAGUUCUUCAAAGCCUGCGUCGAUUACUCCUCGCGUGAAAGGAUGGAGGACAUCUCGCUGGCGCAAGCAUGCUGCAAGCUUCGGGCUGAGAAGAUCCGACGGCAGACCAACUUGAGCCCCUUGGCUCAGGCUCGGCUGAGAUUGUCACAGGUGGCCAUCGAGCAGUCCUUGGUGUCGAUGGUGGGCUUCGAGGUGUCAAAGGAGAAGGUCUUGCCAAAAGAAGCCGCGGCUUUGGGCAGCUGGCAAGAAGACAACUGGUCGAUCACAUAUUAUACUUGUGAUUGCUAUGCAUGCUGCUCUUGGCUCUAUGACUUCUAUGGGGCCCUGGAUCCUAAUCCAUGGCUCAGCACCUACGAGGUCUGCAAGGAUCGGAAUCAAAAGUGGGAUGUUCACAGGAAAAGGCGCGGCUGCCGCCGUGUGCCUGUGGCUCUCAGUGCGAAGAAGGCCUCCUACUCCUCCCGGCUCGCGCGCAAGAUGCCAGCGGCCUUUCACGGAUAUCAUGUCCAGCAAGCUCUCGAGGGACGACACAAAAAGAGGGAGAAGUUCCAGCGGGUGAAGCAGGAGCUGUGGGAGCUCUAGUGAAAGGGCAAACUAACCUGAGUUUCUUUGCCGCAGUUUAGCCCAUUUGCGUUCCUGCAAGGGGCCACAACUUCAGUUGGGAAGGAGUUGGCCCGGACCGUUUCCUUCGCUUUUCCAGGGGCUGCAGUCGUGUGCCAACAGUGCAAUGUACAGUGUACAGAGGUCGUGGCCACCUGGCAGUCCUACUUUCCCGGACCAGAACUGGGAGCGUAGGGCAAAGUGGAUGCCGGAAUCAUUGGCAGCGGACUUCAACUCAC